GAGCUGGCACGUUACCUGCGUGCUGGAAGCCCAGCCCCCUCCCCGACGCUGUCAGACCGCGGAGAGGCCGAGCCGAGGCGCUGCUGGGAAGCCGAUCCCACUCCGCUCCUCCCCGGCUGCGCCCAGCCGCCGCGGCCAUGACCGAUAACAUCCCCCUGCAGCCCGUCAGGCAGAAGAAGCGGAUGGACAGCAAGCACCGGAGCGGGUGUUGCGAGUGUAUGAGAUGCUGCGGACGAAGAGACCCAAGGCCUCGUACGGUUUGGCUUGGCCAUCCAGAAAAAAGGGACCAGAGAUACCCUCGCAAUGUGAUCAACAAUCAGAAAUACAACUUCUUUACAUUUCUUCCUGGGGUGCUGUUUAACCAGUUCAAAUACUUUUUUAAUCUUUACUUCUUACUUCUGGCCUGCUCUCAAUUUGUCCCUGAAAUGAGGCUUGGUGCACUUUACACGUAUUGGGUUCCCUUGGGUUUUGUGCUUGCAGUUACCAUCAUUCGCGAGGCAGUGGAGGAGAUCCGUUGUUACACACGCGACAAGGAAGUAAACUCCCAGAUCUACAGCAAGCUCACAGCAAGAGGAACUGUGAAGGUGAAGAGUUCUAGUAUCCAAGUAGGGGACCUUAUCAUUGUUGAAAAGAACCAGCGGGUCCCUGCUGACAUGAUCUUCCUGAGGACAUCAGAAAAGAAUGGAUCUUGCUUCCUCCGGACUGAUCAGCUAGAUGGUGAAACAGACUGGAAGCUGCGACUGCCAGUUGCCUGUACUCAGAGAUUACCCACCGCUUCUGACCUUCUUCAAAUCCGAUCCUAUGUUUAUGCAGAAGAGCCCAAUAUUGACAUACAUAAUUUUGUGGGGACCUUUACCAGAGAAGACAGCGACCCUCCAGUGAAUGAAAGCCUAAGCAUAGAAAACACCCUCUGGGCCAGCACAGUGAUUGCAUCAGGCACUGUUGUGGGAGUUGUUCUUUACACAGGGAGGGAACUGCGCAGUGUCAUGAACACUUCAAAUCCACGAAGUAAGAUUGGGCUAUUUGACUUGGAAGUGAACUGCCUCACCAAAAUCUUGUUCGGAGCCCUUGUGGUGGUCUCGCUUGUCAUGGUGGCCCUCCAGCAUUUCGCAGGCCGCUGGUAUCUUCAGAUCAUACGAUUCCUCCUCCUGUUUUCAAAUAUCAUUCCUAUUAGCUUGCGUGUGAAUCUGGAUAUGGGGAAAAUAGUCUACAGCUGGAUGAUCCGUAGGGAUUCCAAAAUUCCUGGCACAGUGGUUCGAUCCAGCACUAUUCCAGAGCAGCUCGGAAGGAUAUCCUAUUUACUUACAGACAAAACAGGAACUCUCACACAGAAUGAAAUGGUUUUUAAACGGCUUCACCUUGGGACAGUAGCCUAUGGACUGGACUCCAUGGAUGAAGUGCAGAGCCAUAUAUUUAGUAUAUAUACGCAGCAGUCACAAGACCCACCUGCUUUAAAAGGCCCUACCCUGGCCACCAAAGUACGUAAAACCAUGAGUAGCCGUGUUCAUGAGGCUGUGAAAGCGAUUGCCCUCUGCCACAAUGUGACACCAGUGUACGAAUCUAAUGGCGUGACAGAUCAGGCUGAAGCUGAGAGACAUUAUGAAGACUCCUGCAGGGUGUACCAGGCUUCCAGUCCGGACGAGGUGGCCCUGGUACAGUGGACUGAAAGUGUAGGCUUAACACUGGUUGGCAGAGAUCAAUCCUCUAUGCAGCUGAGGACACCUGGUGGUCAGAUACUAAACUUCACCAUCCUCCAGAUCUUUCCAUUCACUUAUGAAAGUAAACGUAUGGGAAUCAUCGUUAGGGAUGAGUCAACGGGAGAAAUCACUUUCUACAUGAAGGGAGCUGACGUUGUCAUGGCUGGCAUCGUGCAGUACAAUGACUGGCUAGAGGAAGAGUGUGGUAACAUGGCUAGGGAAGGCCUGAGGGUUCUUGUUGUAGCGAAGAAGUCCCUGACUGAGGAGCAGUAUCAAGACUUUGAAGCACGCUAUGUUCAGGCAAAGCUAAGUGUGCAUGAUCGCUCGCUGAAGGUAGCCACUGUGAUUGAGAGCCUGGAAAUGGAGAUGGAGCUGCUGUGUCUGACUGGAGUGGAGGAUCAGCUGCAGAUGGAUGUCAGACCCACUCUGGAGACCCUGAGAAAUGCUGGCAUUAAGGUGUGGAUGCUGACAGGGGAUAAGCUAGAAACAGCUACUUGUACAGCGAAGAAUGCUCAUUUGGUAACCAGAACCCAGGACAUUCAUAUAUUCAGAUUGGUGACUAACCGUGGAGAAGCUCAUUUGGAGCUGAAUGCAUUCCGUCGGAAACAUGACUGUGCGCUUGUGAUUUCUGGUGACUCACUGGAGGUGUGUCUGAAAUAUUAUGAGUACGAGUUUAUGGAGUUGGCUUGCCAGUGUCCAGCCGUGGUAUGCUGCCGAUGUGCCCCCACACAGAAGGCCCAGAUUGUGUGCUUGCUCCAGGAAAGAACUGGCAAACUGACCUGCGCUGUAGGUGAUGGAGGGAAUGAUGUCAGCAUGAUUCAGGAGGCUGACUGCGGUGUUGGGGUUGAAGGAAAGGAAGGAAAACAAGCAUCUCUUGCAGCAGAUUUCUCUAUCACUCAGUUUAAACAUCUGGGCCGGUUACUGAUGGUGCAUGGAAGGAACAGCUACAAGAGAUCUGCAGCUCUCAGCCAGUUUGUGAUCCACAGAAGCUUGUGUAUCAGUACGAUGCAGGCUGUCUUCUCGUCGGUGUUUUACUUUGCGUCAGUUCCUCUCUAUCAGGGCUUCCUCAUUAUUGGGUAUUCCACAAUCUAUACAAUGUUUCCAGUCUUCUCUCUGGUCUUAGACAAGGAUGUCAAAUCUGAGGUUGCUAUGUUGUAUCCAGAGCUCUACAAAGAUCUUCUUAAGGGGCGACCGUUGUCAUAUAAAACAUUUUUAAUAUGGGUUUUGAUAAGUAUCUAUCAAGGUAGUAUCAUCAUGUACGGAGCUCUUCUGCUGUUUGAGUCUGAAUUUGUCCACAUUGUGGCCAUUUCCUUCACAUCCCUGAUUCUUACUGAGUUAUUGAUGGUGGCAUUAACAAUCCAAACGUGGCACUGGCUCAUGAUAGUGGCAGAGUUGCUUAGCCUCUCCUGCUACAUAGCCUCUCUGGUCUUCUUACACGAGUUUAUUGAUGUUUACUUCAUUGCAACCUUGUCGUUCUUAUGGAAAGUCACAGUCAUCACUCUGGUGAGCUGCCUUCCCCUCUACGUCCUGAAGUACCUGAGGCGAAGAUUCUCUCCCCCAAGCUACUCGAAGCUCACGUCAUAGAGCUGCUCGGUCUACAGAGCAGAGACUAAUUUUGCACACUGCGGAGAGACAGAAAUCAUGUAUUUGUCAUUGUAAGAACUAUGUCCGAUAGGAUUAUGCAGUUAUCAAUAUUAUGUGCUGCUUUAAUGAAAAAGACUAAGACUAAGGACUGCAGUAAAUUAAAACCUAACAGUAAAUAGUCUUCUGGGGAGGUGUAGGGCACUUGAUAGUUUGUUCAGUCUUUGUCUUACUUCAUUGUGGUCAAAUGCAUGUAACUUCAAUGAUGAUUGGUUUCUCAUGUGAGAUCAGAGUACCUGAAAGCUGCUAAAUGACCUUGAAGUUUAUACAGGACAGAUGUUUUGUUUUGUUUUUUAGUUUAAAUGUCUGUGAUGUUCCUUGCAUUGUGUUAUAUUUUUAUAUUAUUAUUUAUCUUUUCAAUUCAGGUAGAGCUAGUUUUUGUGCGUCUUGUGGAGUCCCUUAAAAUAGGUGAUGUACUGUAUUACCAACAGCUGACUACUGGGUGAUGUCAUGCUGUUUUGAUUGUAGAGUUCCAGUGUUGAAACAGAUCUAUACAUAAUUGAAAACCUGACUAGUUGAGUUUUUCCUUCAAUCAAAAUGAAGGAUCUGAAUGUAGAAAAUCUAGUGUGUUUUGAUGAUUUCCAGCAGCUAAUGCACAUUGAGAAAUAUCAUCCAAAAAAGGGAAAAUUCCAUUUUGUUUAGCUUUUGUGCUUUUUGUUAAAAGGAGCUGAUGAUAUACAAAUAGCUACAUUAUAUGGUUAUGUUAUAGGAGCAAAUUACCUAAAUUCAAGCAAAGCCUUUUGGAAGGAAACUUGCAGCUGAUCGGCUUUUGAAUGUGUUGACAGCAUAAGAGACUCAUCCUAUUCUGCAGACAAUGUGGCAGACGUGUCUUGAAUCCUUGGAGACUGAAAGGAAAGGUCACCGGGCUGCUACUCUUCACAGUUACAUAAAAUCUGUUUCCUGUUAGGAUGAGUUAAUGAAGAUGAGCUGCAAAUAAGCCUAGGCAGUCCUCUACACGCACCAUUCAUGACACAGUCUACAAAGAGAGGCAGUUUGAGAUAACUACAGAAUUUGCAUUGUUUAAAACUGGAACUUGCCUCAAUAGACAUACGUUUGAGAGCAGUCAGAAACUGAGCCCAUGCACAAGAUGGUAGUUUAUUUAAUGAGAAGCACAAAUAAGAUUUCCAUUUAUUUUAAACAGCAGAAUUCCCAGAAGAGGUGUAUUUGGUUUUCUGUUUGUUUGUUUGUUUUUGUUAAUUAAAAAAAGCAUUGACCCACAUAAUUUAUACAGCAUUCCUUGCAGGUGGAGACCUAAAUAUAUGCCUGGAAAGCUUAGAAGUAUGGCAAUGAGCUAAUAGAGGCUUCCACCACUGUCAGUGGCAGUGACAUUUAUCUAAUAACUGUUUAGUCUGUGAUAAAUGAGUUGUGUGGUCUCUGUCCAUCCAGCUCUAGUGAAGCAGAAUCCACAUCAUAAAAACCACCAUCAUAACUGGAACUAAGCACCCUUAUUGGCCGGGUCAGCAGGGAGGCCAGCAAUGACCGAUCCAAAUACCCUGAACUCCCCUUGCAGUGUUUGUAAAUUGUGCUCAUGUGGGGAGCAGCAGGGCAGGCCCUCUCUGCCAUAGUGUACGUCUUCGAUGCGUUGCCAACUUUUGUUUCCAUUGCUGCAGAUCUGGCACUUUCGCAAGCAUUCAAAUGAUAAAUAAAAUUUUCUGGCUUACAAA